UUCAGGCACUCGGGGGACGCCCUUCCGAGAGCCCGGCCUGGCGCGGCCGGGGACGCGCACGCCGCCCGGCUCCAGGGCCGCCGAGGGGGCGGGGCGGGGCGGGACGUCCGGGGACGCGCACGCAUCCGGCCCGCGGUGCGCGCGCAGGUUGGUGCGUCGGUCGGGGGCGCGCUCGGGUAACCUGUACCCCACGUAGUCGCCGGUUACCGAUCCGACUUAAGUUCCAGGGGCAAUUUGCAAGGCAGGUUAAAAUGUCUCCAGAAGUGGCCUUGAACCGAAUUUCUCCAAUGCUCUCCCCGUUCAUAUCUAGCGUGGUCCGUAAUGGGAAAGUGGGACUGGAUGCUACAAACUGUUUGAGGAUAACUGACUUGAAAUCGGGCUGCACGUCAUUGACUCCUGGACCCAACUGUGACCGAUUUAAGUUGCAUAUACCAUAUGCUGGAGAGACAUUAAAAUGGGAUAUAAUUUUCAAUGCCCAGUACCCAGAGCUGCCUCCCGAUUUUAUCUUUGGAGAAGAUGCUGAGUUCCUGCCAGACCCCUCGGCUCUGCAUAACCUUGCCUCCUGGAAUCCGUCAAACCCUGAAUGUCUCUUACUGGUGGUGAAGGAACUUGUGCAACAGUAUCACCAGUUUCAGUGCAGCCGCCUCCGUGAGAGCUCCCGCCUCAUGUUCGAAUACCAGACGUUACUGGAAGAGCCACAGUAUGGAGGGAACAUGGAGAUUUAUGCCGGGAAAAAGAACAACUGGACUGGUGAAUUUUCAGCUCGUUUCCUUUUGAAGUUGCCAGUGGAUUUCAGCAAUAUUCCCACGUACCUGCUCAAGGAUGUGAAUGAAGACCCAGGAGAAGAUGUGGCCCUCCUUUCUGUCAGUUUUGAGGACACUGAAGCCACUCAGGUAUACCCUAAGCUGUACUUGUCACCCCGAAUUGAACAUGCUCUUGGCGGCUCCUCGGCUCUUCACAUCCCAGCUUUUCCAGGAGGAGGCUGUCUCAUUGAUUAUGUUCCCCAAGUGUGCCACCUGCUCACCAACAAGGUGCAGUAUGUGAUUCAAGGCUAUCACAAAAGAAGAGAGUAUAUUGCUGCCUUCCUCAGCCACUUUGGCACGGGUGUCGUGGAAUAUGAUGCAGAAGGCUUUACAAAACUCACUCUGUUGCUGAUGUGGAAAGAUUUUUGUUUCCUUGUACACAUUGACCUGCCCCUGUUUUUUCCUCGAGAUCAGCCAACUCUCACAUUCCAAUCUGUCUAUCACUUUACGAACAGUGGACAGCUUUAUUCCCAGGCCCAGAAGAACUACCCAUACAGCCCCCGAUGGGAUGGAAAUGAAAUGGCCAAAAGAGCAAAGGCUUAUUUCAAAACCUUUGUCCCUCAGUUCCAGGAGGCAGCGUUUGCCAAUGGAAAGCUCUAGGAAACACCAGUCUUGAGAGGUAGCCAGCCAGACUUCUCUGUCCACAUGCGUGUCAGCACAUAUGACUGCUUCCUGGAAGCCAUUGGAAUGUCUUCAUGGCAGCGUUUCGCUCACACAGCAGCUUUGCUCCCCGACUGGAACCCAGACUUGAGCUGGCUGGAGGGAACCUGGAUCCCAGAGCCCGCCCCCCCGCUCCGUCCCCCGCCUCUGGUGGCUCCCUCUUUGUUUCCUGCAGUAUAUUUCUUAGUUGAAAGAAAUAAAGUCACAAAUCAUGAUGCCGUAUUUUUCCAGGGAAAGUAAGACAUCCUAAAUGCACACACCCUGAUUCCAAAGCCUUUGUCUCUGAGACCUCUUUUUAAGUUUUCAGAUUAAACACACCUUUGCUUUUCUCUUUUCCCCGAAACUAGUGCCUGUGUGUUUCACACCCCAGUGUUUCCCAUUUUGGACAGUCCUCCACUUGUAAAGGUGCUGCCUGAAUGAGUCUGACCAGCUGGCAGGGUUUCAGCCACUUCCCAGCUGGGCCCAAGACCGGUGCUCAGGAACAACUAGGUUCCAGCACCAGCCUCGCUUCCAGGCCCUUGUGUGUACUCCAGGUACAAAGCCCAUCCUGACCCAGAAGGCAGUCAUUAAAGUCAUUAAAGUUUA